AUAACUGUCUUUCUUAAUUUAAUUAGCAACUUGAAUUGUAAAAGCUUGUUGAUGAGAACUACCCACCUAACCUAUCAAGUACCAGGUAUAAUCACUGUCAAAAAAUAUAACCUUAUCUCCGCGACUAGCGAAUAGCGAAUGGCGUUUGAUAACAAUGUAGUCCGAGACUGAGUGAAAGAGUGAAACAUUCGGCAGCAGCGCGAUCAAUUGUGCUUCGUGAUUCGCAACGGAUUGUCGAUAGUCGAGAGUAUGUCGUCGAGCGAGGCAGCAACGCAGCAACGUGGUCACAGCAGCACCUCCCAAACAGGGGUCAAUGUCGACGGUAAUAAAUCAAAAUCAUUGGCGCAAAAGGUGCGCAAGCGAGAGAAGAGUCAACCCAAUCUUCAGGGCUAUCUGCAGAAGUGGACGAACCUUGUCAAGGGCUUCCAACGUCGUUGGUUCGUGCUCGAUCAAGGCGUGCUCAGCUAUUACCUCGAUCAGUCGGAGGCACAUCAGCAAUCGCGUGGCUCCAUCCGAUUGAAGGGCGCUCUCAUUGAGCAUGUCGAUGCCUGCACAUUUUCGGUGACGAACAGCAGCGGAGAUCUUAACUUUCGCAUCAAGGCAGCCUCGGAAGCGGAGCGUCAGACAUGGAUUGUAGCACUAGAGUUGGCCAAGGCGGGCACAGUGGAGGUGGCGUCACCUGCCAAGAGCAGCGAGGGCGGCAGAUGUCGUCGCACUCGAGUUCCAGACAAACCCAACUAUCCGCUGAGUUUGUGGAGCAUUGUGAAGAACUGCAUUGGCAAGGAUCUGACCAAGAUUCCCAUGCCUGUUAACUUCAAUGAACCGCUGUCGAUGCUGCAGCGUUUGACCGAGGAUUACGAGUACUCGGACAUCUUGGAUGUGGCCUCCAAUUGCGAGGAUGAGUGCGAGCAGCUGGCUUAUAUGGCCGCCUUUACAGCUUCGUCCUAUGCAACAUCCUCGAAUCGCAUUAAUAAACCUUUCAAUCCGCUGCUCGGAGAGACCUUUGAGUGCGAUCGCAUGGAUGACUUGGGCUGGCGUUGCAUUGCCGAGCAGGUGUCGCAUCAUCCGCCUAUUGCGGCGCUGCACUGCGAGAGCAAGAACUGGCAGUGCUGGCAGGAGUUCACCAUGACCAGCAAGUUUCGUGGCAAAUACAUGCAGGUCAUUCCUCUGGGCACCGCUUUCGUGUCGUUCCCCAAGACAGGCACUCGUUACUCCUGGCGUAAGGUGACCACCACUAUCAACAACAUUAUUGUGGGCAAACUGUGGGUGGAUCAGGAAGGCGAAAUGGAGAUUGUGGAUGCCAAUUCACCCCAGGGCAGCAAGUGCAUUCUCACCUACGUGCCCUACUCCUAUUUCGGCCGUGAGCAACAGCGCAGCGUCAAAGGCGUCGUGCUCAAUCGUCACAAACAGGCCAAGUGGCUGAUUCGCGGCACUUGGGACGAGCAAAUCGAAAUAGCUCCUGUGCUGCGCACGCAAGGCACUCCGGACAAUCCCAGCUACAGCACUGGUGCCUACAAGGUGGCCUGGCGACGACGUCCAGCGCCCGUGGAGUCCGAGAAGUACUACAACCUCACCACAUUGGCGUGUCAGCUGAACGAACCCGAGGAUGGUGUGGCGCCCACAGAUUCGCGACAUCGUCCCGAUCAGCGACUGAUGGAGCAGGGUUUGUGGGACGAGAGCAAUCAGGAGAAGUUGCGCCUGGAGGAGAAGCAGCGAGCGGUUCGUCGGGUGCGCGAGGAGAAGGCAAAGCAAGGCUUCAAAGUCCCAGACUAUCAGCCAUUGUGGUUUAAGCGGGAGAACGCAUCGGAGAACGCGAUGCAUGUGUACAAUCAUAAAUAUUGGGAGGCGAAGACAACACAAAGCUGGAGUGACUGUCCGGAUAUCUACUAAUAGCAGUAAAUCAUCAUCAUGGCAAUAUCUAAUCUUGAAAUGGACAA